UUGAGUACUACAAAGAAUGUAAGCCGUCCCUCCAUUGCAUCUCCCUCAAUCUCUGCUCUACAACAAUGCCCCUAGCGCUAGUUUCCAUCGCCCCCUCCUUCCGCACCUACACCUACAUCAGCAUAUCCGUGUACCUGCUCUACAUAGCUCUAUCCUCCUACUACCAGGAUUUCAGUAAUGGUACCGAGUUCCUCCAGCAUCAGUAUGAGCACUUCUGGACUGAUAUCUUCCUGUUGAACCUGUUGGGAUGCGCGGUGGUUCAGCUCGGUGCUAUCUUCAUUCGCAUCAUGUUUGGACAGUUGCGCGCCAUCGAAGAACAGAACAUCCGAGAUAAGAUCAACCACUUUGGGUUGUACAAGUUUGUGUUUUUGUUUGGAGUAUUGAAUUUGGGUGAGGUAGGUUUGGUGACGAGGUGGGGUGUGUGGUGUGGGGUCCUGGCUGGGAUCUCUCUCCUGGACACCCUUACUCAGGACAGAGCUCAGUAUCUCUCACUCAAUCCUAGCACGCGACUACCUCAUCAUCUGCCUGGUAUUGUACUGUCAACUAUCCUUCAUCUUACUACAAUACUACUCUUCAUUGGAGUGUUGUACACACGAGGAGAUGACUGGCACAUCACAUUCUUCCUCCUAGCAGACGUGUUCCUCUUUUACCUCAAAACCCUUCACAGUCUCGUCAACUUCGGGCUUAUCAUCUACGAAAUGUACACUGAAAGAUGGGAGAACAAGGACGUAACACGUUACUACACUGAGAUCUCGUUUGAUGUGAUGAUGUUGUGGGUUGAGCUCCUUCAUAAUGUUCACAUGUUACUUUACAGUGGGGUGCUUCUCUCCAUGGGCAGCUUCGUGCUCUGCAUGCACAUAAAACAUAUCUACAAUGAGAUAAGGAAACGUUGGAUUCGGCACAAGAACUUCCGUUCCAUAAUGGACAGUUUGGAUCUGCAGUUCCGUGUAGCUACCACAGAAGAGUUGGAAGCUAAUAACGACCAUUGUGCUAUAUGUUGGGAGACCAUGGACACUGCCAGAAAGCUACCUUGUGGUCAUCUGUUCCACAUCUCUUGUCUGAGAAGCUGGUUAGAGCACGAUACUAGUUGUCCUACCUGCCGGCAUGUCCUGUUAGCUCAGAGGGCCUCACAAAAUGAGGAAACACCCGCAGCGAGACGUAACAUGGCCUGGCAAUUCAGAGGGUCAAGGUGGGCCAGCUGGCUCCCCAACUUCAGCGUCCACGUGAUCAGAUCCCCUCAACACAUCGACCUAGACUCCAGAAUGGUGGAUCAAGUACAGGAAGUCCUGCCUCACAUCCACCGGGGUGUUAUUGAACAAGAUCUCCGCCGCACUGCUAACCCCCUCGCCACCAUCGACAACCUUCUCUCAACGGAAAGGUUGUCCACACAACCUUUCCGCGCCACAGAAAACCAACCAGCACCCGCCCAGCCUGAAGACCCGCGGAAUCACCCAGAGGAGCUGCCGGACGAGCUGCCAGCCCUACUGCCUCCCUCCCCCCAGCUGACCAGCACGAACAGUGUCAGUUCCUCUAACCUGGCAGCACUCCAAGAUAACCAGAACUCUGACGAUGACGUCACAAUCCGGAGAAGGAGGGUGCUGCAGGCUGUGGAGAGAAGGCUAGAGUACCCGGAGUUCCCCCGGGUCCCUUAGUGUCCCCAGCGUGUCCUAGUUGCUGUGGUAUUGCCAGGGAAGUGACGUCAUAGUGUGGUAGUAGAAUGUAGCUAGCAAGUCAGAUUAGUUUUAACAGGUCCAGGGGCUGAUGUGGGACAGUUCAGAUCUAUUGGAUUGUGCACAAAAAUAUAAAAUUCCUGGUUCUGCCUCUUUUGGGCUCCUCCUUCUGUUCAACAGAGGUGCUUUAUAGCUCUCAUAAACAAACCUGCAUCUGCUUAUUCCUUUAGUUUCUUCAGAGAAGUUUCUAGAGACAAAGUUCCGAUGCUUUCCUAGUUCCAACUUUUUCUCUGAGAAAUUUACUGUAACUAAUCAGCUCGCUGAAAAGAGAGCCUGGAUCAUAACAAGAGCAGACAGCAGUAGAGAUGUUUUAUUUUAGUAACUUUAUCAGAACCAAUGGGAAUGCUAUGAUGAUGAGACAGGAAUGGCUUAUUUUCACGCUUUUUUACAGUUCAGUGCUGAUGUGAUAGAUGAGGAUAUAGUACGAGGUAUGGUUACCUAGUUACCUGGUUACCUAGUUACCUGGUUACCUGGUUACCUGGUUACCUGGUUACCUAGUUACCUGGUUACCUAGUAUCCGUUUAUUUGAUGAUAUCGACCCGUUGAAAGAUUGUGAUCAUGAGAUUUUCAAACUGUUAAAGUGUUGAUAUUAGCGAUGUAGUACGGUGAGAUUACUGUACCGCUAUCGAUUAUUCAACUGCUAAAGUACUAACGCUCAUAAACUUGUAUGUGAGGUACUGUACCUAUUUUGGUAUUGUACCUAUUUUGGUACUUGACCUAUUUUUUAGGAUCAGUUUUUAUGUCGUUUUCAAAAUUAUUAACUGUAAAGUCAAAUUUGAAUGCUAAAAUGUUUUUGACCAUUGAUAAAAUAAAAAAGUGAAAUUGUGUCCUAGCGAAAUUUGUAAAUUUGUUUUUUUUUUCUGCUGAUAAAAGGUUUCAGUAUGCAUGCUUGAUUAAAUCAUCUGAAAUGUUGGGUGACAAAUCGUCAUUCCGCAUUAAUAAAGAGACUUCUUUUUUUGGUAUAAAACAUUGUUAUAAAGUUAUAAACUGCUCUUAUUAAAUUAUUUGUUUGCAAUGAUUUUGAUCAGCAUUAUUUAUUCAUGUUUUUUUUAACAUAAAUAUAACUGUUAAAACACCUUUGCGGCUUUUUAUGCUAAUCGAGCUCCAAAUUCCAAACCAGGAAUUUGGCUGGUUGAGAUGCUUGAAAACAUUAAAGAUGUGCAAUAUAAUGAUGAUCUUAUAAACCACUGAUUCCUGAAUAACUUAUUACGACCAAUUUAGAUUUUAAUCCCAACUGUUAAUAAUUGUCAAGACGAAAAUUAGUAAUUAAGGUAAAAAGAAGACUAUUUUUUGUAAUUAUUUCCGUUGUAGGUAUAUAUGUGUGUGUCGAACAUAAGUCUUAACUAGAGCUGAUAUAUUUGGGAGCACGAAGAGGUUAUGGUGAUCUGCACAGUGUUUGAUUUUAAACACCUUUAUCUGAAUUGUGCUCUUCCAA